AUGCCGCAGCUAUCUGACUAUCGUCUCCUCUGCUUCGAUGUCUACGGCACCCUCAUCGACUGGGAGAGUGGCAUCCUCGUAGCCCUUCAACCAUUACUGUUGACCGGCAAUGUCCAGUUCUCUCGUGAGCACCUGCUGACCGUCUACCAAGAGCUGGAGAGCACGCAGCAGCGCCUGACCCCCGACAUGCCGUACUCCCAGCUCCUCGCCACCAUCCACCCCCUCAUCGCCGCACGUCUGGGCCUCGGGGCCCCCAGUGAAGCGGAGAGCCAACAGUUCGGCUCGUCCAUCGGCCAUUGGCCUGCAUUCCCCGACACCGUAGCAGCCCUUCGGCGCCUCGCCGAGCACUACAAGCUCGUGGUCCUAUCAAACGUAGACCGGGCCUCAUUCGCCCAGUCCAACGCCGGCAGCUUGCAAGGAUUCCCGUUCGACCUGAUCAUCACGGCGCAAGAUAUCGGCUCGUACAAGCCGGACGCGCGCAACUUUGCGUACAUGAAGCAGGCGGUGCAGGCAGACUUUGGGAUCGCGCCAAGCGAGAUCCUCCAGACGGCACAGAGCCAAUUCCACGACCACCAGCCUGCACGGCAGGCAGGGAUCCGGUCCGUGUGGAUUGAGCGUCCGGGUGCAACGAUGGGAAAUACGGAGGACCCCAUCUUUGAUUGGCGCUUCGACACUCUCGGGGACAUGGCGGAUGGCUUCGCCCGCGGGGAGUAA